CAUGCAGAGGUAGACAUCUAAAGAAGUAAUCACAUCCUACUUCCCACAUGGAUUCGUGAUAUGACAAAGCGUCUGUAUCUCCAAUUCUCAUGAACAAUCUCUCUCACUGUUUUUUUUUUUUUUAAUUAUUCAUCAGAAAGAAACUAUAUUACUAAAGAUAAUCAAAAGGAUUUUAGUCUUUAAGAGUGAGAGAGAGGAAUUAGAACAAACAAAAUAGUUCUUAUGUGGCUGUCUUUUAGUUUUCUUCUCUGAGCAGAACCAGAGAAAAACAUUUUUGCAGAGAUUCUUUUGUUCUUUAUCUUCGGCUUCUUAUGAUUCUUCUUAUUGGCUUGGCGGUUUCUUUCUCUACCUUAGGUUUGUGAAAUUCUUGAAUGUACAUUCCUCUUCUCUCAUCAUGACAAAAAUACAUUUUGUUCUGUUCUGUACCCAUAAACUAAUGAGCUUUUUUCUUCUUUUUGGAGUUGAGUGGGAUUUGAGAAUCUAGGUGUUGAAAAUAGGGUUCAAUAGAUCCAUAGGUUUCUGUUAUUAGCCUUAACACUUUUUAGACCUUUGCUACGAGUAGAGACAGUAAUGCAACUUUUUCACUACACAAUUCAUAAGUAAAAAUGCGAACUUUCAAUUUUUUGUGGUUGAUAGGGAUGUUAAGCUGUAAUUUAGCUGGAGAGCAAUGGCGUUCACAUUGAGCCAUUGUCAGUGCCAAAUUUUAUUGGAAUCUGAAUUAAUUAAAAAGAUGAAACUUUUUUUGGAACUAUAUGAAUAUGGAAAGUGGCGUCAUUCUCGUUAUGGUUCAAUCAAUGGUGGUGGUUUGCUAUUGAUGGUGAUAUAACGAAAAAGCUUACGUUUUUCCCCAAAUUAGUAGCACGUUAGGCGUCGGACACUCGCCGGAGAAUAUUCCUGGUUUCAGGUGUGGUGAUAUAUCCUAGAUUUCUUCACACCAUUCUCAUGGCUGCGAAGCUUCUGCAUACGUUGGCAGAUGAGAACAAGAAAAUUGGAUGUAUGAAUGGGAUUUUCCAAAUCUUUGAUCGUCACCAUGUUCUGACAAGCCGGCCUAAAAGUCUUACUUUAGGUAAUGUACAUGUCAAUAGUAUCAACUUUGAAAGGGACUCUGUUGAUCCAAUUUGUCACCAAAGAUCAGCAUUUCAGUUUCAAGACUCAAACAUUACUAGCGGAAAUGGGUCGAGCGAGAAACUAACAAGGGUAUCAACCGAAGCUUCAAAGGUAUCUUUCUCAUCGUCGUGUUCAUCAUCUUCCCCGUUAUCUUCUGAGGUCAACAGAGAAGUUCAGCCUGAAAUUUCUACGGAUGACCGAGUCAUUUUUCCAGAAUCUCCUGCAAGUGAUCCAACAAUGAGCCAAGGAAGUGGUGGUACACGUAUGGGACUUGAUCUUAGAGAUGUUGUUAGAGAUUCUAUGUAUAGAGAAGUUAGAGGGCUCUCUGAAGUAUGUAGACACAACAAAAGAGAGGAUUCUCCGAGACCCUACGGUUUGAAGCAAUCUACGCCUGUCGAUUUCAAUGAAUCCUGCAGAGCUCUAGCCAAACUUAGAAAAACAUCUCAUCAUUAUUACAAUGAGGCUGACAUGAAAGACGCAUCCCGUUACUAUGUUGAUUCUCGCGGAAAGUCGAAAUCCGGGAAAAAGCUGAAAGAGUUGCCUAAGCUUUCCUUGGACAGUAGAGACCACAUUGAUCUCAAAUCAGGUAAUAAGCUUUUUGAAAGUUUAAGCAGGAGCUCUAGCAUGAACAAAGUUUCUGGUAGCCCGAAACGGCCUCCUAGUCUUGUUGCAAAGCUAAUGGGCUUGGAAACAUUACCUGGUUCUCCUUUGGGCAGAGACAAAAUGAACCUGUUUGAUGAUAGCAGUGAUCCGUUCUCAAGAUCACUGAGGGAAAAUAGCCUGAACCGUUCUCUCCGGUUUUCUUCUAGCUCACCACGAAGCUUUGGGAAGGACCCUGCUUCUUCUUCUUCUCCAAGAUGGAGAAACUCUGAGUUUGUUAUGAAACCCUUGUCAAGUUUGAGAUAUCCCAUUGAACAGGCUCCAUGGAAGCAAACUGAUAGAAACCGGUUUUCGCAAAAGCAAGCCUGCAGGCCUGUGAAAUCUCUGUCACAGUCAAUGGAGGGAAGAUUGAAAGAUCUCGAGUUUAAGCAUUCGGGAAAAGAUCUCAGUGCUCUUAAAGAGAUAUUAGAGGCCAUGCAAUCAAAAGGUCUCUUUGAUACUCGAAAGCAACCACAAUGCAUAAACUUGGAAGCUCAAAGAGAUUAUGAAAUGGCAGAUUCUGCAACUUCUAAACAUGAUUCAAGAGACCUGCGAACCCCGGUGAUGCCAUCCAAAAAGAGAGGCCCAAUUGUGAUUAUGAAACCUGCCAGACUUGUUGAGAAAUCUGGUAUUCCUUCAUCAUCUCUGAUUCCCAUUCACAGUCUAUCAGGUCUUCAUAAGACCUGCAGAGAAGAACCUGUAAACGGUAGAAGAAAUUCAACAAGUAGAAAGGCAGCAAAAGAUCGUAGUCCUGGAAACCAAAGAGCUGAAUCAUGUAUCAGUUCUGUUGAUAAGAAAUCUAGCAGCAGAAAAGUGAAGUCUUCUCAGGUUUCUAGUGAAAGCACUUCAAAGAAUUCAGGAUCUACAAGUCCAAAAUUGCAGCAGAUGAAGCAUGAGCAUGACAAGCGUUCUCGACCACCAACCUCUCCAUCUGAUUCAAGCAAAUCAAGAAAACAAACAAACCGACAACCUGUAGAAUCCACUAGUUCUCCUGGUGGUAGGCGUAGCAGACCCAGGGAUCAGACGAGCUUGCAGCAAAAUGAUGACCAACUUAGUCAAAUGAGCAAUAAAUCCAGGACUGAAACAGAAGCCACCGUGAGUAUCAAAAAUGGUGGAAAAAGUCCAUCUGUAAUGGAGGCAGCCAAAGCUGUAGUCUCAAACUUAAUACAGAAUAAGUCCAGUCCUCCUUUUAGUGAAGAUGGAUCAUCAGAACAUCCAAGUCCAGUUUCUGUUCUCAACGCAGCAAUCUACAGAGAGAUCGAACCAUCUCCUGUGAAAGUCCAAGCUUGUGAAGGCAGUGUUAAUGGCCUUAUUGAGUCAGGUGUUGAACAUUGCGAGGAGGACCAGUGGAAUCCAGCUUAUAGCUUCUCAAAGAAAACAGCCAGCUUUUCGCCAGAGAUGAACCGAAAGAAGCUUCAGAAUGUUGAGCAUUUGGUUCAAAAGCUAAGGAGACUAAACUCUAGCCAUGAUGAAACCAGCCAAGAUUACAUUGCAUCUCUAUGCGAGAACAAUGAUCCUAAUACAGAUCACAGAUACAUUUCUGAGAUUCUUUUAGCCUCAGGUCUUCUCCUCAGAGACCUCGGCUCAGGAUUAACAACUUUUCAACUGCACCCUUCAGGCCACCCAAUCAAUCCAGAGCUGUUCCUUGUUCUUGAGCAAACUAAAGGAUGCAGCAACAACAGCAAUGAAAAGUUAAACCGCAAACUUGUGUUUGAUGCUGUUAAUGAAAUACUUGUAAAGAAGCUCGCUUAUGUUGAGAGCACUACAGAUCCAUGGAUGAAGCAAGCUAAAGCGGGGAAGAGGGUCUUAAGUGCGCAACAUCUCUUGAAAGAGCUAUGUUCAGAGAUAGAGACACUACAAAAGCAAGCCAAGAAGAGAUCAGAAAACUUCUUGUUGUUGGAGGAAGAAGAAGAAGAUUUCUUGAAAUGUAUUUUGGAUGAAGAUAUGGCAAUCCGAUCUGGGAAAUGGACAGACUUUGAUGAUGUAAUCCCUGGUUUAGUGCUCGACUUGGAGAGGCUUCUCUUCAAAGAUCUGGUGAGUGAGAUCGUGCACGGUGAGAUUGGUCGUCGGCUGCAAGCAAACUCAAGAAGACAGAAAACGUUUUCCACCGAUGAGUAGAUAUUGAUUCAUAAGCUCGUAUUUUUGAAACUGUAUUCUAAAGCCGUAUAUAUAUAAAUACAAGUCAAAAUAGUCAUGAAAACAUUCUCUAUAAUAAUCUCUUUUUCUUUCUGCGUCU